AUGGUAAACAUCCUUAUAGGCGCAACAGGAAGUGUUGCGACAAUAAAAAUCCCUCUACUUGUCGACUCUCUAAAAAAACAUUCUGGAGUCAACGUAAAAGUUGUACUGACAGAAUCGGCCUACUUCUUUGUGAAAAAUGAGAAAAUUGAUUGCGAAGUAUAUAGAGAGCAGGAUGAAUGGAACUCUUGGAAAAAGCUAACUGAUCCGAUUUUGCAUAUUGAGGCAAGACUUCGUAAUUGGGCAGACAUAAUGCUUAUCGCACCCCUCGACGCAAAUACCCUAGCGAAAGUGGCAAACGGCCUGUGUGAUAAUCUCCUUACAUGCAUAUUGAGGGCUUGGGCUAUGGAUAAGCCAUUGAUAGCUUGCCCUGCAAUGAAUACGCAUAUGUGGGAUCAUCCAUUUACAGCAAAGCAUCUUAAAACAUUAAACCAAGACCUCGGUUUUACUAUUGUCAAUCCAAUAAGCAAGAAGCUCGCUUGUGGUGAUAUUGGCAUAGGCGCUAUGGCCGAGGUAGCGACAAUAUCCGAAGUAUUGAUAGAAACACUUGGAGACAAAUGGAUUACGACAGAAGUCUUGCAAGAAGGGAAGUCAAGAAAAUAA